UGGAUUUUACAAAAAUAACGCUGGCAACACUGGUGCCUUGUUCCUGUCUGAUUUCAUCCGUUUUUGGUCGUGUUUUCAGACUCAAUUUUGUUUGUGAUAUUAUGCUGUUUUGGUCUUGUUCUUUGUAAAUUGAGUUUGGUCCUGUGCAAUUUUCCGUUGAGUUUCCACACUAUCAUCAUGGCCUGGACAGGAUAUCAACGGUUUUUAGCCCUCAUGAUGGUAGUCACAGGUUCUAUCAAUACUCUGAGCACAAAAUGGGCUGAUAACAUCAAGUCUAAGGGGUCUGAUGGCCAAGUCAGAACUUUUGAGCAUCCAUUUUUGCAAGCAUCCACCAUGUUCCUCGGAGAGAUGCUCUGCCUCCUCACCUUCAAGAUACUGGUCUGGAUAAACAGGAACCGGGAGACAGGCCACGCACUGACCAACGGCAACCAGAACUUCAACCCAUUCCUCCUGUUGCCCGCAGCCAUGUUUGACUUGAUCGGCACGUCGAUAAUGUACAUCGGCCUCACUCUCACGUACGCGAGCAGCUUCCAGAUGUUCCGCGGCUCCAUCAUCGUGUUCGUGGCGGUGCUGUCCAUGACCUUCCUCGACCGAAGGCUCAUCAGGCGGGAGUGGAUCGGGAUCUUGAACGUGAUCAUAGGCCUUCUCAUAGUGGGUAUCACCGACGCCCUGUACCAGACCCCCGGAGAGUCGAAGGGCCGCAACAGUCUCAUCACGGGUGACCUCCUCAUCAUACUGGCUCAGAUCAUAUCCGCCUGCCAGAUGGUGUAUGAGGAGAAAUAUGUUGCUGGUAUGAACAUCCCGCCGCUACAAGCCGUGGGCUGGGAGGGAGUGUUCGGGUUCUCAGUGCUAUCAGUUCUACUGGUCAUAUUCUACUACAUACCGGCGCCGGCGCACUUCGACCACAACGCGCGGCACACGGUUGAGGACUUUGUGGACGGACUUGUGCAGAUUGCGAACAACUCUCUCCUGCUGCUGGCCAUCACGGGCACGGUGGUGUCCAUCGCGUUCUUCAACUUCGCCGGCAUCAGCGUCACCAAGGAGAUGUCUGCUACCACAAGGAUGGUGCUGGAUUCUGUCAGAACCUUCGUAAUCUGGAUGGUGUCGCUCGGCGUGAAAUGGCAGGCGUUCCACUGGCAGCACCUCCUCGGCUUCGCAGUUCUAAUCGUCGGCAUGUGUGCGUACAACGGCCUGAUGCCGCGAUGUGGUAGACUUGAAAUGGAUCCUGAAGCGGCGCCAGUCGUCAACGAUGACCCCGAAGAUGGGGCCGAUGAGGCGUAGUGGUAGGGAGUAGGCCAGUUUGUUCCGUAUCUAUAUACUAAUCGACACUUUGUACGUUUAUUGUAAAUGGGACAGUUUGUGGGACUGGAUUUGUUUGCAAGGAACAGCUAUUAAUAAAAAUCCAACGAAAAAAGAUAGUUUCGAACGGAUCUUGUCUGUGACCUUAUCUGACCUUUUGGUGCUAUUCUAUAAUGGACAGAUAGAAAUAUACACGUACAUCAUACAUACAGAUAAAUCAAACUUUCAUAAGUCCCGGCUUUUUAGGUGUCCGGAUGUAUUGUGUUAUAUGGAACAAAUGGGUAAUACCAGAAGAAAAUGUAGGUAGGAUUUCAAUUCGGUGAUGAUUUUCGCGGCAUAGGAAAGAAAUUUGUAGGUUUUUAGGGAAUUAUUUUUCUCGUGGGUUAGUUGAGCAGUAUCAUUGAGUUUUCAUAGUAAUUGGUGAUUACUAUAAAUAGUAUAAAUGAUUUAUGUUUCUUUAUUGCCACAAACAAACUUCAGUAUGUUUCUUUGAAAACCUCAAGUGUGGGGAUAACAAAUCUAUUACUAAUUAUAUUCUUUGGUGAGUCAUUUUGAGAUGACUUUGCUCAUGUUGGCAGGUUUUUUUAAAUUAUUAUUAAACCAAAGUAAGGUUUCGAAAAUAUGUAGCUACACUCGAAAUGGUGGUUAUAGAAAGGUCAUAUUUUUAUUUUACAUUACAUUUAUUAAAAACGUUUUAGAGAUUAAGCUGUCUGUUGGAAAAUCAUCAUAAAGUGAUUAGAUUUCUUUGUGAAAAUACUUAAUUCCAUUAUGUUUUAUUAUUUUAUAGGUGCUAGGACUGAAAAUAUAAUAUAUUAGUAAUAGGUGCAAAUCUCUUUUAAUAAUCUUGAACUAUGAUACCUAUUAGGCUAUAAAAAUAUAUCAUUAAAAACAUCAUACAUACUUGUUUACUCUUUUUCAAACAUAUUUUAUAGAAAUAAGAAGCAAAUCAAGCUAAUCGUAACUAUAUAGGCUAAUCUGACGCCAAAUAAAAUAAACAAAUAAUAUUUUUUUACUACAUUUAUGUAGGAAAGCUAAGAAUAAAGUGUUAUUUAAUUAUUAGCAUACGGCAUUAUAUAAAAUUUGUGAUAUUGUGCUCAAUUACAUAAUGUGGCGAUGGUUAAAAAAACGAAGUAUUUCACAUACACUUACAUAAUAUGUUUAUCGUAUAGUUUGAUCGAUUUGUAGUUUUUUUAUAUGUACCUUAUACCACGUGGUGAUUAGUGUGCCUAUUGGAAUCAAGUUAUAUGUUUAUAACAUAACGCUACUUAUUUUAUGAUUUAGUGAACUGAUUUUAAAACAUAGUGCUUAUCUGUAUGGUAGAUGAAGGUAGAAAAUAAACAGUUUAUAUUAUUA